AUGCCAAUCAGCGAUGCAGCUUUCUCGACGAUGAAAAAGAGACGGCGACAUUUUCGAUCGCAACUCCGUGUCAAAGAGCUGGAACAGCAAUUAGCGAUCUUCUUAGAUAUGCGGACGGCAGAACAUGAAGCACUAUUUGGCCCAUCAAAUGACAUUGAUGGUUCGAGGCUGGAUUUUCAGUCUCAACCGAUGGAAACGCCUCCGGUUAACUCAAUCUCUCCACUGCAACCGUUGCAAGCCAGCCACCAGCAACAAGCCGUAGUAAACGGCCAUCACAUCUCCAAUACACACAAACCCGAGUCGUUAGCGAAUGAAUUGAAACUACUCUCUUUGGAGGCAGCCGCAGAUCGUCACGUCGGAUCUUCGUCCGGGAUAUCAUUCGCUAAACUUACGCAAGCAGUUCUUCGGCGCUUGUCACCAGAUCGGCAGGAGUUUGUGUUUGAAGAUGAAUUAAACGAUGAGCAAGAAGAGGAGGAAGACGAAGAAGAUAAUUAUUUGCCAAAUGAGAACGAAACUACUCCCACUUUCACGUUUGCAUUCAAUGAGAUCAACUCACAUUUGGUCUCCUCCCCGCCGUUACCACUCUAUUAUCCCCUAUCCAACGAUCAGCAACAGGACGGUCUUCUUCAAGAAUCAUUGUCUCUUCUCGAGCCAACACAUAUCAGCCAUCUGUUGGAAUUCUAUUUUGCUCAUUCUCACACUUUAUACCCGAUUGUUCGGCAGCAUGAGUUUACGACUGUACUCUGGCGGUUAUAUGGCGAUCCGUCUGAUGCGCUCGCUCAGUCUCCAUUAUGGCAGUUCCGGAUAUGGAUUGUUCUUGCUAUUGGGUCCACGGCGUAUUCUUCAGUUUCUUUGCUAGAUGAGUCGGAAUCCGUACAGUUGUUCAAUAAGGCCAUGGUGCAUUUUGAGGCUGCUAUGGGAUGUGGUGAUUUGGCCGCAUUAGAAGUACUGAUGCUGCAAGUAUCGUACUCUUUUUUCAACAAAAUAGGUCCGAAUACAUGGAUUUUGAUCGGAAUGGCUGCUCGUAUGGCAACCGGCAUGGGUCUUCACACAGCCGAACAAUAUAAAAAUCUGACUGUAGACAUCGCUGAGCAUCAGAAGCGCCUCUUUUUCUCUCUAUACAUGAUGGACCGUGUGGUUUCGCUGGCUCUAGGGCGCCCGUUUGCUAUUCAAGAUGAUGAUAUCACUGUUGAGCCCUUCGCGGAUGCAGACGACGAAAACAUCCAACCCGAUGGUAUCCUACCAUCCACCAAACUAGAGCCAUCAACCAUGGCUAUCCCGUUACACAUCCUAGCACUUCGGACAAUUGCCAGCGACAUUAAAAGUAGAGUCCAUUCAGUGCGAAACAGCGACCCAGCCAACCAGCAAGUCAAAGAACAAACCCUCCAGUCUCUUCACAGACGGUUGAUAGAAUGGCGACGGACAAUGCCGUUCCCGUUACCGGACCUGCAGUCCAAGGUCCCUCAUCUAUGCACCAAUUGGUUCGACUUCAAUUAUUAUACUCAUGUAAUCAUGCUCUAUCGUCCAUCACCGCUCUGUCAGACUUUAGACCUUGCCCAACUGCAGGUUCUUGCUGAAGCAUCCAGCAUGGCUAUCCGACAAGCCACAACUAUGCACCGACAACAGCGGUUUUCGUAUAACUGGCUCAAUCUCGCUGUCUUGUUCAACGCGACGCUCUCCCUAAUGUAUUCGACGACAGCACAACCGAACAAUCUGUCGCAGGUGUUGGAGUCCAGUAAGGCCAUUGAAGAUUUGGAGUUGAGUAUUGAAUUGUUGCGGACGUUUAGUAAGAAGUUUGCUUCGGCGAAGAGGAUUCAGGGGAUGGUUCAGAUUGUUUUGGCCAAGUUGAAGAUGCAGGUUGUUCACACAGUGUAAGCAUCGUUGAUUCCGGUCGUUCUAGUGAAGACAUGUGUUAGCUUGAUAUUCAGGUACAUAGUCAUGUCAUGCUCUUACC